CUCACCACGGGUUAUCGCAGUAUGAUAAAUUGUACCAAACCACACGCACUGACUUCAAAGUUUUUUCGUGCCAGUAUUUAGUGUAUUUACGUUACUGAAAUCCGUGACACAAUGGCGAUUUUCGUGUCAACUGUUGUAGGAUUAAUGCUCGCUGCAAGUGUAGUGAACGCCGAACAAGUCAAAAACUAUCGUAUGUGCCAGAAUACUAAUUGUGAUGUAUAUGAUCUGUUUGUUGAUCCAUGUCCCGAAGCAUUAGAAAACCAAGCAUGUGAAUUGCCACAAACCGAGAACGUGUCUAUCGCAUUCAAAUAUAAACCUAAAUUUGGUUCAAACUUACCAAAGGCGAGAGUAUCCGCUGAAAUAUUUAUGUUGGACUUGCCGUUUAUUCUGAACACGAACACGAACGCAUGUUUGUAUACAAAUUGUCCUGUAGUGAAGGACACCGAACAGAAUUGGCUGUACAAUUUCUUCGUAUCCAAAAACUUUCCUAGGACUAGUUACACAAUCAGGUUCAAGUUCUGGGACACCGAACCUAUUGCUCACAGUGACGACCCACAGUGCUGCUUUAAAUUCGAAAUCAAGAUCGUUUAACGAAAAUUUAAAAUACUCUCAACUAUACCUAUCUUUUUUUUAUCUGUGUUCAAUAUACUAUCAGUAAAAAGUAAAAAUUAAUAUAUUAUACAUUGGUUUAAUACAUCGGUAUACAAUCAAAUAGUUUUUUUUUUUAAUGUAUUGUUUUCUGCAAGAUUAAAGUCAUACAUUAUUGUAAAAUACAACGAAAGCAGCGGCAACAGCAGGGUCAGAUUGAAAAGAGACUUGUGAGCGGUCAUAUACAAUGUCAGCAUCAUAUUAUGCAUUUGUUUAAAAAUUUAGUAAUAUAAUAAAUUGUACAUCUAUUUAUUAACCU